AUGAAGCAAUUGAAAAUGACAGAUAAUAAGUUUGACAAAGUUUUACCUGAUGUUGUUCACACUAUUCGUGCAGCCACAGCAUUGGCAGCUCAGGAUAUCAACUUUUAUCGCUCAUUAGAUUCUCAGUUGGCCAAAAGUAUUGAUAGUUCUGGAAAUUCACUUCUUGACUUAACUAAUAAGUUGCUUGAAACUUCCAGCAGUUCUUUGGAUGAAGUUGAGCCAAUACCUUUCGGAAAGGAUAAUUUGCCUUGGAAAAAUGUUGUCGAUAUGCUAGAUUUCUUAUAUGAAAAAGUUGAUACUCUUCUCGAUCAAGCGAGUUCUUCGAAACAAGCUGGAGAUCAGUUUACAUACUUAGAAGAUGGAACUCAAGAUGCUAGAGCUCCCUCGAAGGCAAUUCCAAAACCUCAAUUAGAUUUUCAUACCAAGGUUGAUAAUUCUGAAUCUCACCCAUUCAAACCUAAAAUUAGUUCAAAGCCUAAUGCGUUAGUACCUUUUGAGGAUUCAACAAAUUUGGUUCCAGGAAACGAGGAAGACGAAGAACCACCACACUACGAACAUCCUUAUGAAUUUGAAAUAGAUAACCAACCUUACCCUGAUGAAAUUUUGUUAGAAAAAGAGCCGAUAGAGCCUGAAUCCUGGAACAAUACGGGUGCCAUCUGGGUGGACACAAUACCAAAACUUCAUGAAAUGGUCAAAUCUCUUCAAAGUCUGACUGAGAUAGCUGUCGAUUUAGAACAUCAUGAUUAUAGAACUUACUAUGGGCUUGUAUGUCUUAUGCAGAUUUCUAAUAGGAAAAAGGAUUGGAUUGUAGAUACCCUAAAAUUAAGAGGAGAUUUGGAAAUACUCAAUGUAGUAUUUACUGACCCCAAGAUAGUUAAAGUAUUUCAUGGUGCCUUCAUGGACAUAAUUUGGUUGCAAAGAGAUUUAGGAUUGUAUGUCGUGUCACUAUUCGAUACUUAUCAUGCUUCUAAGAAACUUGGGUUUCCGAAAUUUUCAUUAGCUUAUCUUCUUGAAACAUUUGCAAACUUCAAAACGUCAAAAAAAUACCAGUUAGCAGAUUGGCGUGCAAGACCGUUGCUGCUGCCUAUGAUGUCAUAUGCUCGUUCAGAUACUCAUUUUCUAUUGAACAUAUAUGAUCAACUUAGAAAUAAGUUGAUCAACAAAGGGGAAGGAAGACUUCAAGAAGUCUUGUAUGAGUCAAGACAAGUAUCCAAAAGACGUUUUGAAUACACAAAAUUCCGUCCACUGCGUGCAUCAGGAGGCAAUGUGGUUUGUCCUGUAAUGUCAAGCAAUCCCAAGGAGCCUUUCACUAAUCUCAUGGCUCAGUAUAGAAUUCCUUACCAUAAGAAGCCUCUUGUGCAAGCUCUUUAUGAGUGGAGAGACAAUCUUGCUAAAGUGGAAGAUGAAUCUGUUAGAUUUAUUAUGCCAAAUCAAUUGUUGGUGAGCUUGUGUCUCUUAGAGCUGCCUGUUGAUUCACAAAAGAUAUUAGGCUCCUCCAAUUACAUUUCUGACUCAGUCAGAGUAAAUUCUAAAGAAUUGGCGACUAUGAUACAAAGUAUCUUAGAGGAUAUGGAUGAGAACGAUUGGGAUUUAGUAGACAAGUUGAGCAAUACUGUUGGAAAUGAUUCAGCAUUCAUCAAUGAAGAUGAACUUGACCCAAACACUAUUAAGAUGGCAACUAAGGCAUUCGAUAACUUGAAUUCGAAAUUGAGAGAAUUGGAAUAUUACGACUCUAAUUCGGACUUAUUGAAUAAUGAUUCUUCUCUUUUGUCUGAUAUCCUAAAUAAGCAGGAGGAUCAAUUUUCUGUUGAGUAUAAUAUUGCAAGUAACUCUCUAAUAAAACAUUCCAUUGGCGAAACUAAAGAGAGAAUUGAAUCACUUUUGGAACAUUUCAAUAAGGUUAAAGAUGUUGGGAUUGCCGCCCAAACAUCAACUGAAGAACCACAGGAGAGUUUACAAAUAUUAUCCACUGAAAAUGCUACCGAGGAGAGCCCCGACACUCUGUCUUCGACAUUAGCACCAGCUUCAGUGAAGGUAGACGAGUUAAUUACUUUGCGUAAAAAGAAUACCAUAAAUAAUAUUUCCCGUAACAAGGUUGAUGCACCCACAGAAGAAUCGUUCGACUAUGCAAAUGCUGAUAAGAUCAUGCUUGAUGCAAAGAAGACAAAAUCGAGAAAGGACAAUUCGAAAAAGAGAUCAUUUGAUCCCUAUGCAAACACUGGUGAUGGGCCUCAAUCAGCUAAAAAAUCGAAGAGAGUAAAUAAUGGUAAAACAUCUACUUUUUCAUCUAAAAGAAAAUAA